GUUUGUAAACCCUACACCCCGGAUAUCCGUUUAGGGCAAAAGGGACCGAAGGUCGCAGGCGCGAUGGUGCUGUGGGAGCUCACUCUGGCGACGGCGUACUUCCUUGGGCUCAAGCGCACCUAUCGCCUGGCACUGAGGAUCCAGAGAAAGGUCCUGCCCAAGAGCGGGCGCCUCCGGUGUUUCGCGCAGAGGCGGACGCGGUUUGCAUUUGACACCGUCAUCAAGAUCCAGAAGAAGUUCGCAGCAUGGGACAUGUCUGCCGGCAAACGGCUUGGUAACUGGAUUCUGAGGAGAUCUCCUGCCGCUCCACAAAUCGGGAAAGAUCCUCCUCUCGAGAUCGAGAAAAUGCCAACGCUUCCUCCCGUCCGAGCUAUAGCGCCACCAUCCUUCAAUCCUCUCGGGAGCUUGAAGUCGAGCUGGAGGCCACUGAACAAGGACAUCGAGAAAUCCCAGAGACUUUACUCCGUGCUCCCGGGAGAAGUCUCGUACGAGAGGUCUCGUCUCAAGAGCAGCAUCAUCCGCGAAGACAUCGCCAUGUACGCAAACCUCCCGCUCAAGUACAGCAGCAACACGAGAUCGAGCUGGACGGUUUGAUGGAUUCCGUUUUUGCGUCGGUCAGAGUUCCGGUUUCCAGCGACGAUUUUGUCCUCCUUUUGCCCUCUCCUUUGUCCCUGAGGUAUGCAUCGUUUUGGUUUCGAUCAGCCGUCAAAAGUGACCAUUUGGUUCUAACACGACUGAGAAGGAAAAGCUUCGAGUGUCAUUUGCAGGAAGACUCUGAGAAACAGAGAUUGUUCCAUAGAUAAUGAAAAACGUCCCGGAGUCCCGUGUCAAUCAA